AUCAUCUUUGCUCAUACUCAUCUCCAAGGCAUUCAGUCUGAGCGCAUACACCGAAUGGUACAGAAGCAUUUAAUCAAAGCUUGAGAAUCACAUAAUAUCUAGUAACCGUUUAACGCGUUAAGCGUGACCACCGCUUAUAGCUUUCAAAGUGUAGAUGAUACCUCAUUACUAUUUUAAGUCGCAUCUGCGGUGUUCUUAAAGAAAACGUGAAAGCUUUUUGCAAGUAAAUAUUUUAACAGUUGUAUAUGUAUGUACUUUAGAAUUCACACGAAAUAAAUAAAACUAAAUAAGUGAAUCACAACAUAACAGCAUACAAACAAUUAAAUAUUAAUGUAUACAUGCAUGUAAAUGCCUGUGUGGAAAAAAUUGAACGAGAAAAAUAACGUAUGAAAAUGCAGUGCCAUUUGUUCACAAAGUGUGCCUUGACAGUUUUACUGCUGUGUUUAGUGGCAAUUCAAUUGGCGGCAUGUUGUUCUCGUGCACCAACACACCUACCUCACGGAAGACGUUCACGCGGCGACAAUGGAUACAGACUAAUAGUUGCUGAGGGCCCCAACGGCUAUGUGCCGGGGGAAACUUAUAACGUUUUGCUGCUCGGCGCUCGAACCCAUGAAAAGGUUCAGCAUUUUACACAUUUCACAAUCGCUGCUGAGGCUCACACUGCUGGCCAGCGAGCACAAUCCGCCAGUCCAAAGCGUGUUGGACGAUUUUUACUUUUUAGUGACGCGCUUACAAAGUUUAGCGACCGUUGCGUCAAUACCGUUCAGGAGGCCGAAGACUUACCGAAAACUGAAAUACAGGUUAUGUGGGUAGCACCGGCAGCUGGUUCUGGUUGCGUUUCCAUAUCUGCUAUGGUAUACGAAGGACCUCGUGCGUGGUACUCCGACGAGGGGCAGUUAACGCAGGUCGUUUGCGAGCGAAAAACCAACGUGCAUACAGUUAAGAAGGAAUGCUGUGCUUGUGACGAAGCUAAGUAUAAUUUCAUUUUCGAAGGUAUUUGGUCUAACGAAACACAUCCCAAGGAUUAUCCGUUCGCCAUUUGGUUGACGCAUUUCUCAGACGUAAUUGGCGCAUCUCAUGAGGCAAACUUUUCGUUCUGGGGUGAGCAUCAUAUAGCCACCGAUGGUUUCCGCUUAUUAGCUGAAUUUGGAUCGCCGACUUCUUUGGAAACUGAACUACGUGCUAGAGGCCCACGUUUGAGAACUCUUAUAAAAGCUGCUGGACUGUGGUAUCCGAAUGUAAAUACGAAUACUUCGUCGAAAUUCCGUGUAGACCGUACGCAUCCAAAGGUCUCACUGGUAUCAAUGUUUGGCCCUUCUCCCGACUGGGUCGUUGGCGUUAGCGGUGUUGAUUUAUGUACCGAAGAUUGUUCAUGGAAGGAAUCAUUAGACUUCGAUCUCUACCCUUGGGAUGCGGGCACUGACAGUGGCAUCACUUACAUGUCGCCCAAUGCGGAAACACAGCCACGAGAGCGCAUGUAUCGUAUUACCACCAUGUAUCCAGAGGAUCCCCGUUCACCCUUUUAUAACCCAAAAAGUAGCGAAAUGACGCCAUUGGCAAGAUUAUACAUUAGGCGCGAGAAAAUCAUCUCCAGGAGCUGUGAUGACCAUUUCUUGGAGGCAUUGAAAAUGGACGUAUCUGAUGAUGCUGAGGAACAGGAUACGAGACCUGAAUGUCAGCUAACAGGUUACAGCGAGUGGAGCCCUUGUUCCGUAACCUGCGGUAAGGGUAUUCGCAUGCGCACGCGUCUAUAUGUAAAUCCUGAAGCGGCCGUCGCUGUUGAUUGCUCACGCCAAUUGGUAUCGAAAGAAAUGUGUGCAGCUCCAAUAGCCGAAUGCGACGGUCAACCACAAGACGAUGACGACGAAGGCGAGAACUUGGCACGAGCCGCGUCGCUGGUAACUGAUGACGGUGAAGGCGCAGGCGUAUGUAAGACUACACCUUGGAGCGUUUGGUCCGAAUGUUCGGCUAGUUGCGGUAUUGGCAUAACGAUGCGCACGCGUACUUUUCUCAAUCACCUCGGUCGUAAACGCUGCCCACAUAUUACCAUAGUUGAAAAACAAAAGUGUAUGCGUCCCGAUUGCACCUUUGAAGAGGUGGAAUUACCCGAUCCCAUGUGCCCUACCACGCAAUGGAGUGAUUGGAGCCCCUGCACGGCCACAUGUGGACGCGGUGUUACAAUACGUACACGUCUCCUUCUAUUGGAGAAUGGCGCGGUCAAGGAUAACUGUACAAAACGCAUGGAAUUAAAUCAGCAAAAAGAAUGCACUGUGCCACAAGAGUGCACCAUUAACAUGGAGAUGGCCAAAGAAAUUUGUGUCGAGUCCUAUGACAGUGGUCCAUGUCGUGGCGUAUACAAACGUUAUGCUUACAAUAUGGAGUAUGGACGGUGUGAAAGUUUCACUUAUGGUGGCUGUCGUGGCAAUCGCAAUAAUUUCCUUACCGAAAGCGAUUGCUUGAAUACCUGCAGCAUGUUGCGCACCACAGCCUUUACCAAUUCUCGAGCACCGUCCCGGCUAUCUUAUCCUGAAGCAUAUCAAGCUGCAGAUUAUGGUGCCGUAGAUUGCGUUAUGUCCGAGUGGUCUAAUUGGUCUCAAUGCAGCGUUAGCUGUGGCACGGGAUAUUCUAAUCGGAGUAGAUACGUAAUAACUGAACCGAAGAACGGCGGCCAGCCGUGCCCUAAGCGCAAGGUGAAAGUACGCCGUUGCAUAAUGGCUGAUUGUUGAAAGCUACAUAUUUCAUUAGGAACUUAAAGUAUAAGUAAAAUGUAAUUCAGAAAAUCUAAAAUUUGAGGAAAAUUACUUUAUUCACACCUGUACUAAUUGUAACAAGCAAUUUCCAUAUAAAAUUAAAAAAAUUAAAAUAA